UACUAUUUCUAUUUUAGUGAAUCGUUUACGUAAAACAACAAUAAUUGUUUUUUAGGCCCGUCGUGAGUUUUCAAAGUUCAGCUAAAUCCUCAGUGCAGUGAAUGCCCAUAAUGGCAGAAACGUGUGAUUGGCAGUUAAGAUGUACGGAGCUGAAGCACCGAGGUUCUCACCUUUUACAAUCCGGCCAGUGGUCUGAUUGCUCGUUCCUGGUGGGCUCGGAGCCGCACCAGGUCGUGGUGCCGGGCCACAAGCUCAUCCUGGCCAUGGCGUCGCCGGUGUUCGAGGCCAUGUUCUACGGUGGUAUGGCUGAGAGGAACGAGCCAAUACCGAUUUUGGAUGUGCAACCGGAAGCUUUCAAAGCGUUGCUAGAAUAUAUCUACACAGACAACAUAAAUAUAAGCUCUUUUGACAAAGCCUGUGAGCUGUGCUAUGGAGCCAAGAAGUACAUGCUGCCGCACCUGGUCAAGGAGUGCACGCGGUAUCUCUGGUCCGACUUGUAUCCAAAGAAUGCAUGCCGCGCUUACGAGUUUGCCAGAUUAUUUGAGGAGAGUGUGCUUAUGGACAAAUGUUUACAGAUAAUAAGCACCAACACGAAAGAAGUGCUCACAGACAGCAGUUUUGAAGAAGUUGAACUCAGCACAGUGAUCACUGUGUUCUCGCUGGAGCACCUGAACGUGGACAGUGAGCUGGACCUGUUCGAGGCGGCGGCGCGGUACGCGCGUGCGCAGGCACGCCGCCAGCCCUCGCCGGGGCCCGCGAACAAGCUGAGCAUCCGUCACGCCAUCGAGAAGAUCCGCUUCCUCACGCUUACGCCCCAGCAGUUCGCCGAGGGCCCUGCGCGCUCCUCGCUCCUCACGGAAUCCGAGGCCUUUGCGGUCCUCAUGAACAUACUCUCCAGCAGUUCUGAUGUCCCUCUCCCGGUCGGCUUCAGCUCCUGCCGGGUGCCGAGGAAGCAGCUCAUCGGCAGCGGACCCUCCAAUAAUAUGCCGACGUUCACGGUGGACACGCCGUCGCCCGUGAUGGUGGAGCACCCGGAGCGCCCGCUCGCCGCGCUGCCCUACCCGAGGCCCCGCCACGAUGUCCCAGGUGUCCGACUGUCCUCUUCCAUCCACACGCUCUCGGCGCUCGGCCCCGAGCACCUGGAGCGACACAGCAACGACUUCAACAAGAUCUACUGCCAGCGGCCCAUCAUACAGCACACGGACUGCCUGAACACCAGCGUUCUAGACUGCUCCGUGACCUUCAUGGUGGAUAAGAACAUCUGUCUACUCGGGGUUCAGGUUCCAACGCAAGCGCCAAGCGAAGAGAGCGCCGUAUCCGCGCUCGGCGGCACCGGCUACUCGGAGCUGCUGUACGCGCACCUGCUCGACGCCGACGGCGCGCGGCUCACCUACACGCACUACACCAACCGCGUGCCUUACAGACAUCUACUGGACAUCAUGUUUAACAGGCCCGUCUAUAUACAGAGGAACAAGGUAUACAAGGUGGGCAUAGUGUUCAACAAGGUGGGUUGGUACCCGAUGGGCUCCUGCGCCCAGCAGGUGGCCGCCGAGUCCGUCUUCUUCAACUUCGGGAUUGGGCAGUCGAGCGACUCGGUCCGCGACGGCCUCAUACGGUCCAUCAUAUUCACGUACUAGCACACACACGGU